GUGGCGCGGCGAGCAAGACCUUAAGAACAUGACGUGGAAAAUUCGCCACGCCGACCUGGUCUUCACGCCGAACAACCGUCUUCAGUCAUCAACGUGCGUGUCAGGACGCUUCACGAGCAGCGCCCUGAGUGUGGAGACCGGAAGUGUGACCGGCAAUAGCCGCCAGGGGGCACGCUCCACGUAUUCCCUAACGCGAGGCCAGAUCUUUACCACUGUGGCGGACUACAAGGGACAGCUAGUUGCGGUGAAGAUGAGCACGAAACGGAAGCUGAACCUCGACCGGCAGUUUCUUCUGCAAAUGAAACAUUUGUCCGCCCUGAAACACCCGAACGUGACGUCAUUUGUCGGCGUCUGCACUGAGCCCGAGCGGAUAUGCAGCGUCUGGGAAUACUGCACGAAGGGAAGCAUUCAGGAUGUGAUCGAGAACGACGACAUCCGACUGGACACGAUGUUCAAGCUAUCCAUAGCCGUCGACGUCUGCCAAGGACUGGAGUAUAUCCACAAGAGCCCAAUCCGUUACCAUGGAAACAUGAAGAGCUCCAACUGCGUCAUCGACAGCCGCUGGGUGUGCAAGCUGACGGACUUCGGUGUUCGGAAGAUCAAACCUGACGUGGACACAGAGGAGAGCGUGGGGGAACACGCCUUCUAUGCGCGCCUGUUUUGGACGGCUCCGGAAAUUCUACGCCGGUUAUUAGCCAAGGAACGACCACUGCGGACGGCCAACGCGGACAUAUACUCGCUGGGUAUUAUCAUGAAAGAGCUCCUGUGUAGGAACGAACCGUACGCCGCAGAGGCAUUCCUCUCACCGAAAGAGAUCAUACAGAAGAUCACAAGCCCCGUUGACGCGGAAGCGCUGUUAAGACCGGCCAUCUCGAACACAGAGUUGGACAGCGAGUAUAGAAGAACGAAUAUGGAGUACAUGAUUCAGCGCUGCUGGGCGGAGGACCCGGAUUUGAGGCCCACCAUGAAGGCCAUACUGCGCACAUUGAACAAGAUCAACCCUUACAAGAAGUCCAAUGUGGUCGACAACAUGAUGGCGAUGAUGGAGAAGUACACGAACAAUCUCGAGGAGAUCGUCGCGGAGCGCACCGAACAGCUCCAGGACGAGAAGCGAAAGACGGACGCGCUCCUCUACCGGAUGUUGCCCAAGAAAGUUGCAGAUGACCUGAAAUUCGGACGCUCGGUCCAGGCGGAGGCGUUCGCUUCUGUGACCAUCUACUUCUCGGACAUCGUUCAUUUCACAGAUCUCGCGAGCGAGAGCACGCCUCUUGAGAUUGUGGCCCUGCUGAACGCUCUGUAUACGCUGUUUGAUGACAUAAUCUCACAUUAUGACGUUUACAAAGUGGAGACGAUAGGCGACGCGUACAUGAUCGUCAGCGGACUUCCAGAACGUAACGGCACGCGUCACGUGAAGGAGAUUGGCGGCGUGGCGCUCAACAUCCUGACCAGCGUUCUCACCUUCACCAUCCCGCAUCAGCCACACAGACAGCUAGCGAUCCGAAUAGGUAUCCACACGGGCCCCGCGGUGGCGGGCGUAGUGGGCCUGACCAUGCCACGGUACUGCCUGUUCGGGGACACUGUAAACACCGCCUCCCGGAUGGAGUCCAAUGGAGAAGCAUUGCAGAUCCACAUAAGUCCACAGACCAAAGCCGCGCUAGAUGAAUACCCUGAAUUCAUCGUUGAGAAGCGGGGAGAAAUUCCCGUCAAGGGCAAAGGGCUGAUGACAACGUACUGGCUGGUCGGCAUAGACUCAAAGGGAGCAGACGACCCCACUGAACGUAAAGAUACUGAGACUUCCGGUUUCGAGGACGCGCUAGAAGAUGACGGGAACAUAAACGGGCCAUCGCAGACAUGUGGUAAAAAUCCCGAGGGCAAAAUAAGCCUCGCGGACUCUGGCAUUGGUAUUGACCGGAUACUAGACGAGAGGUUCGGUAACGUUGACCUAGGUAUGGGCUAUGAACGUCUGUUUGGCAUAUCCGAUAAGCACUCGUUUUCAGACAAGGGCUUGGCAGGAUUGGGGAAUGGGGAAAGUUCAAACAGCGGCGAUAACGUCAUUGGUGAUCGCCCCGCGGUUACAAGCGAUGCCAAGGCAUUGAAGUUAAGAUUGAAUAGUUCAAAUAUUGAUCGGUCUUCUGAUGAAGGUACGAUAAAGAGUGAAUCUGUGAAGAAAAAGAAAAAAAAUGCAAAACAUCGGAAGCAGUCCAAUAAAUUUGGCCGCAUCGGCCCAAAUCGAACUGAGCCUGCGGAUACAUCUGUUACGUCACAACCCGAGCCGUCAUGUGAUACAGAAUCAACGCCACCGUUCAGGCUUUUCACAAAGAAAGCCGUGUCUGAUAAACUAGACUGCCCCAAUCUUAUGUUUAAGCUCCGGCUUAUCAGGGAACACCUCGAUCAAAUGCUGAUCUAUGAAGCGGGAUGCCCGAUGCAAAUAAGUGUAAAACAAUGUAAACUGAUAGCCCAUGUUUACUUAGGCAAACUAUUCGUGUCCAAACUUAAUCGUUUUCAUAUAAAAUCGAUUAUGUGUGAGCAAAAUAAAGGAGCUAUUGCUGGCAAAAGUUUCUUCCAUGUAUCGCUAUUUUUUCCAUGUAUCGUUAUGUUAUUGGACUACGGAUUACUGUGCCAGGGAGCCAACAAAACGCUACAGAUCGUGUGGAUGGUGCCGCUACAAGAGCACCCUAAAGAGAUCUUCCGAUACAACGCAUCUUCCUCCAUCGCCGCGCUAGCGUACGGCAUUGAGACAGUCAAGAACGAGUCCAUCUUGCCGGAAUACGAUCUAAACCUGACGGUUCUGGACACGAAUUGUAGCAGCAAGCAGGGGAUAGGAGUCCUAGUGGACCUCUUGAUGGUCCAGGAUAUUGACGUCGUUAUCGGCCCGCCAUGCCCUGGAGUGGUGGAGCCGGUGGGGGAACUGAUGUCGUACAGGAACGUGCCGGUGAUCAAUUGGGUGUCGUUGCAACAGACCAUACAGACCAAGGAUUCAUUGACUACGUACAUACGAACGAUGACACCGGUCUACACUCUCGGUGAACUUAUGACCAAAUUCUUGCAAGAUACCGGCUGGAAGAACUAUAUCAUCGUUCGGGAGAUAAAUAAGGAAUAUGAUGCAUUGGCGGAGAUCUUGGAGUCCACACUAGGCUCUUUCAACGAAAUCGGCUUCCGUGUUACACAGGUUCAUAAGCUUCACGAGCCGACGGAGUCCGGUGACGACAUUGACGCCACAUUGAACAGCAUAAAGCAUGAGGGAAGAAUUGUCUUUCUCGUUAUUGACCAGCCCAAUCUGCGGAAUGUGAUGCUGCGAGCGCAUAAACUCAACAUGACUAAUGGGGAUUACCAGUUCCUAUACACAUACGGAAGGACUGCGACGAUGCAUAAAUUGGAGAAGUACUUCAUGAAUGACAGAAUGUGGAGGCGGAAUGACGAAUUUGAUGAGAUUGCCAGACAGGCUUUCGAAAAUGUCCUGCUGUUCACACUGAGUCAGAGGACAGAGCCGGAGAGCAAGUGGUACGGCUACGCCCUCUCCUCGUAUAACCACCUCUACAGCAAGACAGACAUGCCCAGACCAUUGCCAGUGCCCGACGAGUACGCCGUAUACCUGUACGACGCAGUGUAUCUGUACGCCAAGGUACUGAACCAGAGUCUGACGCAGAACAGGACCAGCAGCGGCAAUGACCUCACGCAGACAAUCUUUCAUAACCAGAUCGGCUUUCAGGGUUUGACUGGAUCUGUACUGAUAAGCAAUUCUAGGAAAGACCGAAUGCCGGCAUUUUUUGUGUUAGACAUGGACGCAAACGGGAGCUUCCACGUGGUCACAUAUCUGUACUACCGCAGCAGCAGUGCUGGGGAGUUGGAAAUGCAACAUGACAACACGCCUAUUCGCUGGGGUAACGGUCGAGAAUCGUCUGCCUUGCUGGCGAAUGGAACGAAGAUCGAAUACUUCCCGCCGGAUAUGCCCGAGUGCGGCCUACUCAAUGAGAAAUGUCCACCUUCGCCACCGAUUAUAGCAAGCCAGUCAAAUUCUUACGAAGUUACCAUAAGUGUUAUUUGUGCUGCAGUUCUCAUACUUGUGUUUGCAGCGUUCUUUGUGUACAGGUGGUGGAGAAAGGAGCAGGACUUAAAAAACACAGCCUGGAAGAUCAACUCCAGUGAUCUGCGGUAUGUUCCUAAAGAAGACCAACGGGGUUCGCAAACAGGACCAAAGCGACGAAUUCAUCGCCUAAGAAGCACAUCAAGUAUCGAAAGCGUGGUAAGCUCGAGCAGUCGCAUCAUGUCGCUUGUGCGUCACCAUAGCGACCACCAUGCGCACGUGCUGACCAAUGUGGCCGAGUGUCAGGGCGUUACUGUGGCGGUGAAGAAGAGCAGGAAGAAGAAAGUCAACAUCGACCGCAACUUUAUGCUGCUUAUGAAAAACUUGAGUUCGAUGAAACACAUGAACGUCACGGCGUUCAUAGGAGUGUGCACGGAGCCAGAGAAGGUGUGCAUCGUCUGGGAGUUCUGCAGCAAAGGAAGCGUCCAGGAUGUCAUCAAGAAUGAAAAUAUCAAUCUUGACACCAUGUUUAAGCUCUCGAUUGCGAAUGAUAUAUGUCAGGGCUUGGAGUACAUACACAAAAGUGUAAUAAAGUACCACGGUAACCUAAAGAGCUCCAACUGCGUCAUUGACAGCCGCUGGGUGUGCAAGCUAACGGACUUCAACCUGCAGAAGUUGCGGCACAUUCGGGAGACCGCAGACUACCUCGGAGACGUCGUGUACUACUCACGUCUAUUUUGGACCGCACCAGAAAAGCUGCGAAAGAUACUGCGUAACGAGCCGGCGGAGGACUCGGUUGCGGCUGAUAUAUAUUCACUGGGCAUUAUAUUCAAAGAGCUCGUGUGUAGAAAUGAACCUUACAGCCUAGAAACAAUGACACUUUCGCCUAAAGAGAUCAUAAAGAAAGUUUCGCUUCCCGUUUCUACUUUGAUCACAUAUCGACCGGAAAUAACCCUUGUGUUAAACGACACAGAGAAUCUCGUGGCCAACACGCGGUCCCUCAUAAAGAAAUGCUGGGCGGAGAAGGAGGAAAUGAGGCCGCCAUUGAAACAAAUAAUCCGGACACUGAACAGAAUCAACCCUUUCAAGAAGGCGAGCAUGGUUGACAACAUGAUGGCGAUGAUGGAGAAGUACACGAACAAUCUCGAGGAGAUCGUGGCGGAGCGCACCGAACAGCUCCAGGACGAGAAGCGAAAGACGGACGCGCUCCUCUACCGGAUGUUGCCCAAGAAAGUUGCGGAUGACCUGAAAUUCGGCAAGGCGUUUUUAGCCGAGGCGUUUGAUUCAGUGACCAUUUAUCUUUCCGACAUAGUACAGUUCACAAACCUUGCGAAUGAGAGCACACCCAUGGAGAUUGUGAACCUGCUUAACGCUCUCUACACGCUCUUUGAUGAAUCCAUCAACCCAUAUGAUGUAUACAAGGUGGAGACAAUAGGGGACGCGUACAUGGUGGUGAGUGGCCUUCCGCAACGUAACGGCAGCGUGCACGUUCGAGAGAUUGCCAGCGUCGCCAUCCGCAUCCUGCGCAACGUGCUGAACUUCACUAUCCCGCACAAGCCAGAGAGGCAGCUCCAGAUACGGAUCGGGUUACACACGGGCCCGGUGGUCGCGGGUGUGAUAGGGCUUGUCAUGCCAAGGUACUGCUUGUUCGGAGACACGGUCAACACGGCGUCCAGGAUGGAGUCCAACGGCUUACCUCUGAAAAUCCACAUCAGUGAGCAAACAGCACAUGCGCUGAAGCAAUUCCCCCAGUUUGAGGUGGAAAACAGGGGCCAAAUGGCCAUUAAGGGCAAAGGAAUCAUGAAUACCUAUUGGAUAACAGGCAUGAAGGAUUCAACGACAGUAGGCGAGACUGAUUACUAUCGUGUGAGAACGGCAUCGCGCUUAGACGCGGAUGACGUUGACGAGUUCGGCCGAGAGUGGCACGGCAACAGCAAGAUAAGCAUCGCCGACUCCGGCAUCGAGGCGGAGAGAAUGUCGGAAGAUACGUACGAAGUCGUAUCGGACGAUCACGUUACUGUACACGAUACAAGCAUAACUGGGGAUAUUCACAACGAUGUGAAGGUUGCUCUCAACUCCAAUGGAAUUGUCAAGAGUGGGUUGAUUGAACGCAUUAACGGCGCAAUUGCAGACCACCAGGUGGUCAGUCAUGUCCAAGACUUCGUCGAUACUCUUGAAACUGUGUGCGAGGACAGUGAAAUCGACAGGACGCCGGAAGUGAAGAAGAUGUCUGUAGAUUGCUUAGAGAAUACCCUUAUUGCAAUCAUGUAAUGUUUAACAAUCUGUGUUGAGCCCGCUGAAUGUUUAUAGCUGUACAUUAAUGAGCGGUGUUAUAUGGUCGAGUUGUACAUACAUCUAGAUACAUAAUGCAUUUGCAUUUCAUAACAUUAUACUUGAUAUGAGUGUGCCUUAAUUGUUUACCGAGCAAAUAAUGUAUUUUGUGACACGAAGAGUUUAAACACGCAUAUUGCUUCUGAUUAUUAUCUGAUUUAUUUUUUUUAUUUCCUUCCUUACAUGAGUCAUUGCAUGAAUCAAUAAUAAUAUACUGCAUCUUGUAUAAAUGUUUAAUGUAAAAAAAUGAUGUAUUAUUUGUUUCUUUGUACAGUCUAAAAUAUUAAACAGAGCUUGCGAGAAAACGCAAUCAAUAUUGUGCCUAAUAAAAUGAAUGAUCUGCAUUAAUAUGCAUGUGCACUCAUAUAUUUACAGGAGUCAAAAUAAUAGCACAACUGUAAAAAAAAAAUAAUUCAUUACAAGUGUCUGGCGUUUUGUCUCAGAUUAGGCUUAUAGAGCGUCCUUGAGAAACUGCCCAGCAAAAUAAUGUAUUCAUGUUAAACUGUCCGUCUACAGUAUGUGUUUUUUACAAUUGCCACGUCGUUUAUGGGAUUAUGCAAGCCACGUUUCGUGGUAUUGUGCGAUGUAAAAAUUUAAGUUAAAAAAAUGAAAAUACGUUUUCCGAAAUAAAAUUGCUCAGUCCAAAAAGCACGUACUAUCUUAAAUGUGAAGUAUAUUAAUUUAAAACAUCCAGUUCGCAUUAUUGUCCCAAAUCAAUGUUUUUCUGCUUUCUCGAUGGAAUGCAUUUUUGUUAUAAAUACAAUGUCAUAAUACUUA